AUGUCAAGUGAAUAAAAAUGACUUCAAAAUUAUUCUUAUAGGUUCAUAAGAGUAUUAAUUUGAUUUUCAAUAUUUAGGGCUGGUAAAUCAAAUCUUGUAAAUCAAAUUACGAAAGGAAAACUUCUUGAUAAAUAUGAGUAUACUAAAGGUAUCGAUGGUCAUGUAAAACUAAUAAUACUUGAUAAUCUGGAUAAGAAACUUAUUAAGAAUCUAUUCACAAAUAUUAUUAGGAAAUAGAUUGUUGUGUUUUAGUUUAUGAUCUCACUAACUAUGAAGGAGUAAAACUUAAUAGAGAUAGAUGAAUACUUUUUUUUUAAUUUUUUGCCAGAAGCUCAAUCAAACUUUCCUGUUAUUUUAGUAGGAACAAUAUUGGAUUUAAUACAAAAAAAAAUGAUGAAAAAUAGAUAAAUUUAUAAAGAAAUGUAUAGUCUAUUUAAGUGUCAUUAAAAGACAUAAUCUCUGUUUAAAAGAUUUUACAAACUAUUAUUAUCUUACUGUGAAAUAGGAGCAUCAAAAAUUAAAAUAAUCAGAAAGCGCUACUUCAAAUCUUACUAGCAAAGAUUUUACAUCUGUAUUGGAUGA